ACUUCCGGGAGGAGCGGGCGGUCGGGGUGAGAGUGUUCUACCUCCCUGGGUCUCGGUCCCUGUAAGCCAGGCAUGAAGAUCACGAGGCAGAAACAUGUCAAGAAGCAUCUCGGCUUCUUCCGCAAUAAUUUCGGAGUUCGCGAGCCGUACCAGAUCCUGCUGGACGGUACCUUCUGUCAGGCGGCGCUGCGCGGCCGUAUCCAGCUGCGGGAGCAGCUGCCCCGCUACCUCAUGGGCGAGACACAGCUGUGCACCACCAGGUGUGUGUUAAAAGAGUUAGAAACAUUGGGAAAAGACUUAUAUGGGGCAAAACUGAUUGCACAAAAAUGCCAAGUCCGAAAUUGUCCCCAUUUCAAGAAUGCUGUGAGUGGAUCAGAAUGUCUGCUCUCCAUGGUUGAAGAGGGAAAUCCUCAUCAUUAUUUUGUGGCAACACAGGAUCAGAAUUUGUCUAUGAAAGUAAAGAAAAAACCUGGAGUUCCACUCAUGUUUAUUAUUCAGAACACUAUAGUCUUGGACAAACCUUCUCCCAAAACUGUUGCUUUUGUUAAAGCAGUAGAGUCAGGUCAGCUUGUCUCAGUGCACGAGAAACAAAGUAUCAAGCAACUCAAAGAAGAACAGGGUUUAGUGAAAAACCCGGAAAAGAGAAGAAGAAAAAAACACAAGAAAAUAAGUGGCCCCAAUCCUCUUAGCUGUUUGAAGAAAAAGAAGAAAGCACAGGAUACAAAAUCACCUGCCUCUGAAAAGAAAAGAAAAAGAAAAAGAAUCCGGAACAGAUCUACCUCAAAAGUACUUUCUGAAAAGCAGAAUGAUAAGGAAUGAAUUCCUUGAAUACUUUUAAAGACAUUCAAAUGUGAAAAACAGAUUUCUUUUUAAAACUGUGGAAGUACUUACAAUAAAAGACUGCUAUUUUUAUAAAUAAAUAUUGACCCAUAAGCCUUUGCCUAAAAUUAUUUGUAGAAAGAAAGAAAGAGAAAGAAAAGAAAGAAAGAAAGAAAAAGAAAGAAAAGAAAAAAGAAGAAAAGAACAAACCAGGAUGGAUGGGUUUAGGCAUUCUGGAGAUUAUUUUUCAGUGUAAAACUGUUUUUUCUUUCUGUCUUACCACUGCCCCUACCCCCCAACAUUAUAUGCAAAUAGUGUAAAAAAAUCAAAUCAUACAACAGAGGAAAACAUUCACAGAGGAAAAUUUCUUAUGUAAUUCAUGUAGCAGUUGUAGAAUUUAUAUUCCAAAUAAUAGGAGUAUGCUGCUACCUUUUGGUCCAUCGUCCAAUUACUUGACUUUCUGUUAGAAAGUGGAAACUUUGCUUACUUGUAUGACUCCCAUUUUUCUAAUACAAUAGUUCAGUCUUUAUACAUCCCAGAUAAAGUAUUUGCAUUUUAUAACUAUAAACUUUGUUCCCCACUGAACCAAGUAGCCAUGCUAUGAUUUAUAUAAGAAAUUUAUUUCUUAUACUACUUUGUUGUUAUUCCAGAAGUUAAUAAUGUCCUCAUUUUCUUUAAGCAUCUUACUUGGUUUUGCCACAUUUUCCAAUAAUUUUGUAAAGGAACUUACAAUUUUCUAUACGACAAUAUGGGAUAAUUCCUCACCCCUGGAGAUACUUAUCCUAGAGUCCUCUGUCCUCCGAUGUGGAAAGGUGUUCUGCCACAUAUGUUGCUCCCCUGUCAUCCACACACUUCUUGCCCUUAUCCAGAAAUUUGCUUUGUCAUUUCUGUUCCCUACAUUCUUUGUUUUACUCUCUUGGUUUUCUUUUUUGCUGUCGUGAAGCAGGGAUUGUGUAGGAAGUGCAUUUUUUUGAGGCUCAACCAGUGUUCGCCUCAUAUUUGUUGCAUUAAUAAUUUAGCAAGAUAAUUCCUUUUUAAAAAAAUUUUUUUAAAGUAAUCUCUUAUGCCCAACAUGGGACUUGAACUCACAACCCUGAGAUCAAGAGUUGCAAGCUCUACUGACUGAAGCAGCCAAG